CGUCCCGGAGAAAGAAAGACUCCGCGGAACACGACGGUUAGUCGCCAUUUUGAGAAGCCCGACCUGCAGGCGUCGAGAGGAAAGCGGUCGUUACGCAACAAAUCUUUAAGGUUUUAAGUGUUUUAAAAUUUUCGUUGAUAUACGGAUCAAUGUCUCGAUUUAACAAUAAUCGCGGCGGCCUCGGGAUGAAUAACUUCCAGCCACGCAGAGGCGGUGGACCCGGCGGCCCGAUGCGGGGAGGGCUAAUGGGAAACCCGCAUUUUAGGAACCAUCCUUUCCAGAAUCAGAACCAAAACCGGAGGGGAGGGAAUAAUAACUUCAACAGGCCGCCUAAUCAAGGACCACAGGUGACUCCCCAGAAGCAGCAACCGAACCAGUCGUUGCCCAUCAUCCCUCCACCGAGCCCCGGCCCGGCGCUCACCAUGAAAGGCCCCAUGCAGCAGCAGCAGAAGCCGGCACAGCCGCAGCAGCAGCCGCAGCAGGAGGAGCAGCGGAAACCGGCGACCCCUGCGCCUCAACCCAAGGUCCAAACCCCUCCACCGAAACCGAACAUCACAUCCCCUCCACCCAGCCAGGCGAACAAGAACCAGAACCAGAACCAGAACCAGCAGCUGAAAUCCCCGGCUAACGGACAGCAGAAGCCGCCUCCACACCCAAGCCCGAAGACAGGCCCACAGCAAGGCCAGAAGAUGGGCCCACAACAAGGCCAGAAGUCCGGGCCUCAGCAGAGCCACCAGAGGACGGGCCCUCAACAGGGACAGAGACCGGGGCCACCGGCGACGAAGCCCAAACAGGAUCGAGAGGAGCCGGGGAGAGGAGCGACAAACGAGGCCGACGGCAGCCAGCAGAAGGAGUUCAAGGCAACACUGUCCAUGCUGCUGAAACCCGGUGAGAAGACCUACACGCAGCGGUGUCGCCUGUUCAUCGGAAAUCUGCCCAACGACAUCACAGAGGAAGAUUUCAAGAAGCUGUUCGCGAAAUACGGAGAGCCCAGCGAGGUCUUCAUCAACAAGAGCAAAGGCUUUGGUUUCAUACGAUUGGAGUCUCGGGCACUUGCAGAAAUAGCCAAAGCAGAGUUGGACGACACGCCAAUGAAAGGCAGACCCCUUCGCGUCCGCUUUGCCACACACUCUGCAGCGCUAUCCAUAAAGAAUCUGUCUCCGUUUGUGUCCAACGAGCUCCUGGAAGAAGCCUUUUCACAGUUUGGCAUGGUCGAGAGGGCCAUCGUCAUUGUAGAUGACCGCGGCCGCUCCACAGGCAAGGGCAUCGUUGAGUUUGCCUCCAAACCCGCAGCCAGAAAGGCCCUGGAUCGGUGCAACGAAGGCGUCUUCCUUCUCACCACGUCACCCCGUCCUGUUGUUGUCGAACCUCUGGAGCAGUUUGAUGAUGAAGAUGGUCUUCCAGAGAAACUGGCACAGAAGAACCCCAGAUACCAGGCAGAGCGAGAGGAACCACCCCGUUUUGCUCGUCCAGGCACUUUUGAGUUCGAGUACUCCAAACGAUGGAAGUCCCUGGAUGAAAUGGAGAAGCAGCAGAGGCAGCAGGUGGAGAAGAACAUGCGCGAGGCCCGCGAGAAGCUGGAGAGCGAGAUGGAGGACGCUUACCACGAGCACCAGGCCAACCUGCUCCGACAAGAUCUGCUCAGGCGGCAGGAGGAGCUGAGGCGCAUGGAGGAGUUGCACAGUCAAGAGAUGCAGAAGAGGAAGGAGAUGCAGAUCAGACAAGAAGAAGAGCGUCGCCGGCGGGAGGAGGAGAUGCUUCGCAAGAGGGAGAUGGAAGAACAGAUGCGCCGCCAGCGUGAGGAGAACUACAGGAUGGGCAACUUCAUGGAUAGGGACAGGGAAAUGAGAAUGAAUCCUGGUGGAGCUUUGGGCAUGGGUGUUUCUGUUAGAUAUGCCCUUUGGUGCAUCCAACCAGAAGUUCCCGAUGGGUGGACUUGGCUUUGAAGGACAGCAGGGAAUGGGAUCAUCUCCAGGUGGCUUGAUGGGCAACGAAAUGCGCAAUGAGCGCUUUGCCCAGGGCGGUCCUAGGGGAAUGGGUCCUGGUAACCCCGGGUAUGGCAGGGUACGCGAGGAGUUUGAUGGUCCUACUAAGAAACCCCGUUUUUAAAUGCUGCUCUUUGAUGCUCCCAGCAGCACCAUUUGUAUAGGUUCUCCAAAACAAACAUGCAUUUCUUGUAUUUAAGUUUAAAUUGUUGCUACAUUUUAGCUUGACAAUUUACUCCUUUUUAUGACAAAAGUCAAUAUUUUCAUUUUUUUAUUUUGUAUUGUCAUUAGUAUGGAAAGAUAGGUCACCCUCGUGUGGUCCGUUAGCUCUUUCUGACCCAUGUAUGAUUUUCUUUUCUAGAUGUAUUAUGCUCUGUGAGUCGCCGUGAAGUGAUUAACUGUAACAUUUUUCUCAACUUUAUAUGGCUGUGUUUUGUGCCAUACAUUUGGAGUCAAAGCAUGUAUUAUAAUAAAGAGACAUUGGUUCUAUCAGGACAAAACCCGUUAAAGUUUAUUCCUAAAAGUUGAAACGUACAGUGCGUUCAGAAAGCAACCAAAUCACAAACGAUUGGUUGUUUGCACUAAUGAAAUAAUGUGGAAUCCGCCACAUUAGGUCUUAAAGAGUCUAUGUGUUAUCUCUGCCGCAGUCCUGACCUGUCAGUUAGCAAUUCGUCUAACACAAACUGCCUGAAGCAUACGCCCUACCGUGUCGUUUGCUUCUUUACCGUCUGCAAAUUCACAAACUUACUGAUAAAAGUAUAGUUGGAGUGAAUUGUACUUUUAAUAAAGAAGUAUUUAGGUUGGGACAUGGGUGGUGCAGAAUGGCACGACAUUUUGCAUCUACACCGUCUAUAGACUAGACGGCACCCAGCAAAGUUUACGCUGUGGAGGACUCCUCUCUUAAAACGUUAUUCUUCAGACUGAAGUGGGUAAAAUGAGUUUAUUCAUUCAAUAACAGUCAUGCUACAAGAAAGCAGAAAAAUGACACAUAGAACCUUUAAGAAAGCCUAUAGUGUAGUGUGUGUGAUUGUGGGUCACCUUACGAACUCUUUCUGCUCAUCACAGACCACAUUGGUGUGUCCAUGUUUAGAGGCUGGUGGUUAUUGACUACGUUUACAUGCAGUCCAAUAUUUAGGAUUAAUAUUAUUAGUCUUUUAAAAUUAUUUAAUAGUGCACCGGUUUAACUGUUAGCAAACUUGUCUGUUCCCAUAGACAGACAUGUGACAUAAAACCCAGUCUUGAAUUGUGACGAGAUCUCAAAUCCGUGCAUGAAAACAACAACUGACUAAAAAGUAGUAGUUGAUCGAGUUAAUCGAAUAAGAGGUCCAUGAGUGGCUAUAGUAAAAAGAAUAUUAACGGCAUGUUCGUUAGUCAGGUCACACAGAUUCUCAUUUACAAACUGCAUAUAAACGUAGUCACAUUGAGUUCAGUUAAGGACUUAUUUUGAGUGCAGAGCUCAACAGAGACACACAAGGAAAUCUUUACUAAAGAAACUAAAUACUUUUUCUCAGUCACUUGUCCAUACCAUAGUUACACCAUUUGUGGGCAUGAGUAAAUCUGCCUUUGCAUGACCGGCAAGGGGCUCAGUUGGACGUAUGUAACAUGCAUUGUGGUCAGUUUUGAAAGCAUGAUAACCACUAGAAGCUAAACUAUAAGGGUGUUCCAUGAACAGAUGAAUUCAUGAACCUUAACCCUUUUCUGAGAAACAAGCAAGAAAUGUCCAAGUGACCAAAUCUGUUCAAUUCUUGUUGCUGUUAAUUCAAUAUAUUCUAAAGAUACAUGACACGAGUCAACAAUCAUGAACAAGUUGGAUUUAGAAAAUGGAUCUGAAUCUUAAACUUGUACUUCAUUGAUUAAGCUUUCAUUUUGUUGGACCCGUCAGAAGAAAAGAAAUCUGGAGUUUGAUUUCUGUGCCCUGGUUUUUAGUUGAAAGCUUGAUUUGGCUCGUACCGUUGUGAAAUCUGUGGUCCACCCUUUUAUGGACAAGACAUGCUGACACUUAACUGUCUCCAGCCUGUGAAUUUAUUUACCCAUAUACGUACAUCUUGUUACGCCAUAGCCAGUUUUAUACGUUAUUGAUAUGAUUCUAAUUUAAUGUAAAGAAACCCUUUAUGUCAGUGGUUUAUAUCACCAGCGUACUGUGUAGUUUAACUGUCUAAGAUGAGCUUUAAAGUUACUUGGGUAAAGCAGGAAACCAGUGCUUUUAUUUCGUUAUUGUUAUUUACCCUAAAUCAGGCUUUUGCCCAUUGACCAGUCCCUUUCUGCAUUCCAGGAGACAACAUAUGUAAAGCUGUAGUUGCAUUAUCUGUGGCAAGAGCUCACAAAUGAUAUCAAAAGAAAACAGAAUAACUAUAACACAUAAACUGUGUGCAAUAAAAGCAUGCCUGAUAUUAAUUACAUUGAGAUAUUAAAUUACAAACCUGUUGAUGUGGGCUACUGUUUUGUUAAACUGAUGAAGUGCCUGCUAUGUAAAGAAACAAAUGAACAUUUUAUAUACCAUAAAGGAAAAUACAUUAAGGUCUUCUCAUUGAAAUUCACAUUUGUACUCUGCUGCCUACUCUGGCAUUUGCCUAUUAAUCACGUCAGUACCUGUUUGAGGUAUUUUGACAUCACUUAGCAUAAACGGACACUGGCUUGCCUCUGCAAGUCUUUCUCAGAGUUGUGUGGUUAGAAGGAGGUGAGCUAAAAAAAAGUAAGUGUAAGUAUUCUUGUAUUAUUUACAACUUGUAUAACAAGUAUGUUACACUUGCCUGAGUUUUUUGUUUUUUGUUAUGGAAAUGAAGAAUAUGCUCAGCAGUAGGGUUUCAUCUUUCCUGGCACAAGCUUUACUUGUGUUUGUGGAGGUAGGUGAUGUUUUUGCAUCAAGUAUAGUUAACAAGUGUCCUUUUAAACAGUGCAGCUUCUGAUACUAUAUGAUGAUGCUUACAUUUUCAAUAUGAAUGAGAAGUGGCUUUCUGCCUAACCAUUGUAGUCACUUGUACAUAUAGUAGUCUUUCUAUAAUCUUAACGCUUUGGCUAUUGAACAAGUAACAUAUGCGAACCGGUUGCAGAACUUCUACUUGGAAGUAUGGUGAAUGUUUGUCGUUUUGGGAUUGUGUCUUAAGUUUUUAGACGCAGCAAUGCAAAACUUCUAAAGAAUAAAGUUACCAAGCAACUGAUAUCUGGUGAGCUAUUGGCAAAAUUAAUGAAUGCCGUUCUGGUUAUUGAGAACCUAAAGUGGAAGACAAAAUGACCUUUUCUGUAUACCAGCAGUUUAAUUUAAAUCAUUGAACCUUUUAAAGACACAUUUGACCCAUUUCUCUGUAGAAGAGCUGUGCACAACUUGGGUCCAAUAAAAAUAGACUGGCCUACUUUUACGUUUGCAGGUCAGAUCUCUGUGGCAUCAGCUGGAAUAUAGUGGUAUAGCCAGUUUAAUUGAUUUAUAGUGGAAGCCUAGUUUUGUAGCAGCUGCUCCGCAUAUAUUACCUGUUCAAUCAAGCUAAAGGCUACGUCUACAUUGGGAUACCAUUUGGGCCUGUAACUGGAUGACCAUGCAUCCCAUGGCAAUUCUUCUCAUUUGUAAAAUAGCCAAAGACUGACAAAUCAUUUAAGUAUGCAAGACAUGAGGAAACUUUAAAGGUUCCUCCAGUACAGCUUGUACAGCAACUAAAAAUAUGAGUUUUCACUCUUGUUUUAAAAAAAAAAAGUAUCCCAAAGAGAACCUUCCCUCUUCGUGUGGCAUCUGGGAACCCUGCAAAUGCAUCUGAAAUGGCUGCGAGGACUACUUGGAUGAAUUUGGUAAUAGAACUGGAUAUCACGUGUUGAUCUGCAAUGUUACGUGUGUUUGUGUUAUGUACAUUUUUUCUUUAACAGGUUUGACCAGCUAAAGAUUGUGGACUGUGGAGGAAUUUGUGGCUGUAUAGCGUGGACUGAGGAAUGAUUUAGAAAAGAAAACUAAACACUGGACUUGUGCAAACGAUCUUAGUAAGAUUCACAACAGAACAACAUGCAGAGGACUGAAACAAGGACUCCAACAACAGCAAACACAAUUACCUUUGAGUCAUUGUGGUAUGGAUAGACAGUAGGGCAAUGAAGCUGAUCUAGCUUCAUGGCAUUUAUCUUGCAUGAAGCAUUUUCUCACCCUGUAGAUAAAACUGCACGGGAAAGACUUUAAAAUGAGAAUUACAUACUAUUAAACUUUAAAAUUAAAACGAUUCAUUGUGCCUUUGACAUUAAAAAUUCAGAAAUCGUUAGUAUGUUUCUGAGAGUGAUUGGCAUCAUCGAAUUGUAUUUGCUAUGUUUGAAGACAUGUAAGUUAUGUCAUUCAUUGCAUUAUGGUUGCGGGAAUGGAAAUCUACGUGAAAGGAGGGCUACUUUUUAGUCAACAAAACCAUAUUGGUGGUUUUUGAAUCAUCUUUGUUUAGUCUAAGUUGAGUCUGUAACCAUUUUAAAUUCAUUGUUUGUAGAGUAAUGCAACCUAAAACUUCAUACUAAUGGGACCUUUUAAACCUAUUUUUAUUUACCCUACCCAAAGUCAGCCUAGAGUUUUGAUAACUUUUAGAUGGCUGUUUAUUAUCUGGAUGACUAUGUAAGAUCAUAUCUAACUGAAAACUGUACCCUAAAAACAAUACCUUCAUUAAAUUGUCUUACCUAAUCAAGGCAAAGAGUUGAGCAUAAUAAAACGUAUUGGGGUUCAUGCAUGUCGUGCUUGCGUGUAAAUAGACCGUCCAGUUUCUGACUUAAUGGACAGAUUAAUCUGAAUCUUACAAAUUUGAUCUCUGGAGUAGAUUUCGAGAGAGAAAUGUCAAACGAUCGCCAAUACUUUGCAGUCUUUUAAUACUAUUAGAUAUUAAUUCAAGAUUAAAUAUCAGAUGAAUACCCACCUAACAAACGUCUUGACGUUUGAGAUUCUCUACACAUCUUUCAUCUUUCAAAAAUAGUACUACAAGUUCUCAUUGACUUGACCGAAGUGUAAAUUUCAAAACUUUUGUAAUGUUAUGUCUGUGUGUUGGUGUUGUGUACAAUUGUUUUUCUUUAACAGGUUUGACCAUCUUUAAAGGUGUUGGACAAUGAGAAGGAGCUUUCCAAACCAAGAAAUUCAAAGUCUGUAGCUUCUGUUGGGGUGGUUUUUGUUAAUGAAGAAAAAAAAUGGUGGCUCAUUAGCUUGGACUUAAGUUUGGACUGUUGCUUGUAAAGUUUUUAACAUUUGGCUAUUCUUCUUCCAAGUAACCACGAUUGAACCGACCGUGCCAAGAACACUAAAAAGAAACGCCUGUUGCAGAACACUUUGUGUUAUUGCCGUAAAAUGGAAAUCAAAGCCUUGACGCUGACAUAUUUAAAACAAGUUUGUAGUCAAGAUUUGUUUGAAGGUGGCGCCAAGCAUAUUCAACACUCUACACAGUUAGUGGUUUGGAACCAAGAUGUCCCCUAUGGCCAAGACACUCUGACUUUGCAUUAUUAAAGUAACCAAAUCUGUGACGCCGACUUUUUGAUGCUGAAAGACCUCUUCUGUAGAGGUGGCGCCAACCAUACCAACACCUUCUAGCAGCUACAGUAUAUUAGAGAGAUUCAGCGCAGCACAUUUUGAUUGUACGUUAUUUAAUUACAAAGGAAAUCAAACGUUUUUUCCACUGACAGAAGUUUGUUGUCAGAAUUUCUUGAAGGCUGGCGUUAAGCACACUUCAGACGACAGUUACUACAUUAGAGGUGCAGAAAUUACCAACAUGUCGACUGCUGCCCUGGAAUAAAGAUAGAAAUCAUGGCUUUGACACUGACCUUUAGUCAAGAGACUGUACUAUCACUUGUUAAGGAGCUUUGGAACAUAAUGUCCACUAUGGCGACACAUUUUGACUUUUUGAAACCAAAGUUUUGACACUUGCAAUCCUAAACAGAGAUUCUUAGUCAAGAUUCAGUCAAAGGCCUCAUGGCUUUUAACACCUGAACUGCACCCCACCCAUAUUUGUUCUCCUUUAAAGCCGAUGGCAGAAACUUCACUAGUAGGCCUGACCAACCUCCUAUACACCAACUUACCUGAGGCAGGAAGGACCCAUGCACCUUUACCGGUUGAAGAGAGGAUGGCGUGUUGUGCCCGUGUGAUUGUGUGUAUGUUUCAUGUCUUUGGGUAAAUGAGGUGCGUUAGCUGCUGUCAGCCAGCUUGUCAAAGACAGGCUGCCCCAGUCCACAGUAGAGGCUCUACUCUGCAGUUGGGUUACAUUGACGAUGAGUAGUUCUGCAGAAGUCAGUGGACAGUAAAGCCUGGACUUGUUUGCACUGCAGCCAGAGGUAUGCUUACACAGAUCAGCUGAACAAGUAAGGUAAGUGUCCCAUCCAUGUUUAUAAUACAAAGAUGCACAGUUGUCCCAUAACUUGACUCUUCUCUCUGUCCUCUCUUCUACCAUGUCGCUGCUCACAGUGACGUUUACAGGGCUUCUGGCAUCACACUUACAAAGAAUGGCAUCACAGUGCAGAUCUCUUGUUCUUCAACCUUUUUUGUGUGUGGAUGUGGCAAAGCAUCAUAGCCCGUGCAGUGUGUAUGUGUGGUUGUAGUACUUUUGGCUUCUCUGUAUGUAUGCAUGAAAGAAACUACGUAUGGACGGCUGAGUCACUGGUUCAACACCACAGAUGUGCUGAAAUCGUCAGACGUCAUAUUUGGGGAACGCUGAAAGUCAAGAAGGGUGUCCUGUUUUUAUUUAACUAAUAAGUGAAAACAUUAGAAAGUCCGGUAUGACUGUGCAAGAUAUUUCAGUUGUAUUCUCUUUGGUCAGCUGAUUUCUUUCUCCCAGCCAUUUUUUUAGAGGUAAUUAGUGAUCAAAUUAGGCAGGCUGUGUGCAACAUUGAACACAAAGCGUGAUGUGAUGGCAUUUUCCAUUUAAAGCUGUAAGAAAUUUUUAGGUCGUCGUCUUUGUGCUGCACUUGUUUUUUAAACAUCUUUUAACAGUUCUGGUUGGUAGUGAUUAAAAUACAUCGGGUAGCUUUAUCAUAAAAUCAAACUAUUUAAAUAGUAUUCAGCAUUUUCCGUUUAUCACUGAACUGUGUAAACCUCGACAGUCUGUCUUCACUCCUCCUGACUCCCUCUGCUCUCUCUCUGCCUGUUUAAAAUGUCUCUCAUACUUCAAACAGUCGUCUUCGUCGUACUGGGUUGGGAUGUCUUUGCAAGUGAGAAACGUCUCUCAUAUUGUUUGGGUUUGCUCUGGGUGGGAUCGUAGAAGUCAGACAUCCUAUUUUCUUUAAAUCCAGUGUUGAAUGCAUUUUGUCAGUACUGUGAUCUCUUACUACAGUUUCUUUGACUUUUGUGUGUUUGUGUAGAUUGUUUGAAUUUAAGCAUUUGCAUUUUUCUAGACAAAAAACAUAAAACGACUUCGAGUUGGGAAGUUUGUCUUAACUUUUAAAACGUGUUAGGCAAGUAUGAAUGCCGACACUGACUGCACUAGUGCAUUAUUAAACACAAUGUGUUCUGACAACUUGAAGUAAUUUAAAAUUCUUAGCUCUCACAAUACAUGUCAAAAAUCUUUCUUGGAGUCUUAACGUCGAGUCUGAACACACUGACAUGAUAUUACAUAUUAUUAAAUGUCCAUAAAUUAUAGGCAAACCAUGUCAUCACUUAUGUUUUCUAGGUUUCAAAGUUAUUCACUGAUAUUUAAACCCACAUUACGAUAAUGAUCAGUUAUUUAAUGGUGCCAGUUUGCUUCAUUUUUCAGCGUGCAGCAUAACUCCAUGAGUUAUCAAGGGACGUGUAGCUGAAACAAAACAUGAAGAUGAUGGGCACUUUAAGAUUUUGUAUGUUUUUAAGUUGCAUUGACAGUGUGACAGCGCAACGGCCAUCAAGUAUACUAGUAUUUCAUACAGGACAAAUUAUUAUACAAACCAACAGGGAACCACAAUAAAAACACUCAACUUCACAAUAAAACGGUGACUGAACAAUGAAACAACAAAAACAAAACUCACUAAAAUCGCUAAGAUUACAAGAUGUUCCUUUUAUCGGUGAAAAAGAAGCUGCUGAUCUAAAUUACGGUUGAAGUGGUUUGUGGUGCAGACGCACAAGCCAAGACAACAUCUAAACUUUGAGUCUGGUUGUUUCACAUCCUGUUUUCUGGUUGGUUGAGGAGUAAAAAAGGGAAGUGGAGAGACGAGCAGUUCUCCGAUAAUGAACCUUUGCAGUAGUGCUGUUGCUUUCCUGUCCUCUCUCCUCUCAGUACCUCCUGAUACUUUGAUCACUCACAUUUUGUCAUUCUUUCUGUUAAACUUUGAACGCCCUGUCAUGCCAGUGACCAGCCAGCCUUUUUUAUUUUUAAUUUUUUUUUUUUACGGCACAUCACGACUGUGGCAUUUUCUUUGUAUGUAGGAGUUGUCUCGUAGCUCUAAAAGGACCGUGGUGCUACCUGGAGUUUGUUGAGCUUUGAUCAAGAAGAAACGACUCUGUGUUCAGCCAACGCCAUGAUUCAAGCCCUGGAGGCUGUCGAGAUGUUAUCUGUCUGCACUGUGAUCCAUUUUCUAACCAAGUCCUCAUUCCUGAUUGGCCUGAAAUGUUUUCCAUGUCGUCCUGUCUGAGUGUGAUGCCAGAAUAACCCUUUUGGCCUCUAAUGGCCUCAUCUAAAAGGGCACUGCCCAUUGAAAAUGACCAAGUCUACUUCAGUACAAGGUUAUGGUGCAGCUCCCAGCUCCGUUUGGGGGUUUUCAGCCCUCAUGUGUCAGUACGAAGUCCAGCUUCACACGGCUUUACUUUGCCUGAGGGUUGCAACAGAUUUGAAUGUUGUCGUCAUGAAUUUCUUUCGUCCCCUCUGCAGUUUCUAAACACACGGAUCUACUCCAGGGUUCUGAGAUGCCUUUCUAAAACUACCUGUAUAUUAACUUUACCUCACACUUCAUACAUUUGUACUCCUCCUCACAUUGACACACAUGAAGAGUUAUUAACCUGUGCUGCAUGUUCACAUUUUAACACCGUUACCUUUAUUUACAUUUAAAACAUGUUUGUUGUUUUCUCCAAUGACUGCAAACACAACCACAAACGCACGCAACACACACAUAGAUUAUUCUGUCAUUUCUGUCUUUGGCAAACCUCAAAUAGUCAAAUAAUGGUAUUGUAACACAAAGUAAUGGUAGGAGUCUGCUGACCAGUUCACUGUCAGGCUCUCAUUGUUUGUUUUCUCGCCACAGGAGCCUCGAGCGGUCGAAGGAGGCUGACAGUCCGUGACGUUAAACCAUGGUUAAAUGAAGACUGAUGUCAAUAAAAUGCCAGAGCUGCAGGAGGCCCAGAAACGACACUGUGGUGACGCCAGGAUGACUUCCAUGCAGUGAUGCAGCUGCAGUACCAGGAGUGAAACAGCAGGGGGCAAACAGCCUGCGGUCCAGAGGAGGGAUGCACUGUUUGUUCAGCGUCCUCUGUAAAGUUUCAAUAAUAAAUGAAAUAAACCAGA